GUUAUAGACUUAUAGUGAAAAAAAAAGUACUACUUACUAUUUACUGCAUCUGCAAUCAUGAACACGAAAAGCCAUAUGCCUUUAACUAACUCUUUGAUUUGCUUCAUCUUUCUCAGUUCUUUUGUGUAUGGGCAACUUGAUUACAAAUAUUACGACGCCACCUGUCCCAACCUCACUAAAAUCGUUAGAUAUGGCAUCUGGUCUGCUAUUUCUAAUGAAACCAGAAUGGCUGCCUCUCUUUUGCGCUUGCACUUCCAUGACUGUUUUGUUAAUGGAUGCGACGGGUCUGUACUACUCGACGAUACUAGUACAUUCACAGGAGAGAAGAAUGCAUCUGCUAAUCGAAACUCAGCCAGAGGAUUUGAAGUCAUUGAUACAAUAAAAGCUAACGUGGAGAAAGCUUGCCCGUCUACAGUUUCAUGCGCUGAUAUACUGACUCUAGCAGCUAGAGAAGCUAUCUAUCUCACUGGAGGCCCAUAUUGGUCAGUGUCGUUGGGUCGUCGAGAUAGUCUUACCGCAAGUCAAAGUGCAGCUAAUGCUCAGAUUCCAUCACCUUUCGAGCCCUUAGAAAACAUUACUGCAAAAUUUGUUUCAAAGGGUCUUGACGUAAAAGAUGUUGUGGUGCUAUCAGGUGCUCACACCAUUGGAUUUGCUCAAUGUUUCACCUUCAAGCAAAGGCUAUUUGAUUUUGAUGGAUCUGGAAAUCCUGACCCGACACUGGAUUCAUCAUUACUAGGCAAUCUGCGAAGCGUAUGUCCCAACCAAAGUGAUUCAGAUUCCAACUUGGCCCCUUUAGAUGCAGUUACAAUCAACAAGUUUGAUAAUGUAUAUUUCAAGAAUCUGAUGAACAAUUCUGGGCUUCUUCAGUCAGACCAAGCUUUAAUGAAUGAUAAUAAUACUGCUUCAAUGGUGUCAACUUACAGCAAGUAUCCAUAUCUAUUUUCCAAAGCGUUUGCAGCAUCUAUGGUGAAGUUGACCAACUUAGGUGUGUUAACAGGACAAGAUGGAGAGAUCAGAAAGAACUGUAGGUUGGUGAAUUAGGAAGUUCGGAUUGUGAGAUAAUUAGCUAAUAAUGUAUCCUCAAUGUAUGUUUGAUGUAGUAUAGAAAGGAAUUCACUGUCUUUGAAAUUGAAGUCCAUGUGCACGGCCAAUUUCUUUGCUUUAGAAUAAGAUAUAUCGCAUAUAUCGCCAUAGUACUAUUUGUAUGAGCCCUUUAAUUCAAGCAAUGUUUUUUUUGUCUA